ACCGAUUUUCUGCGCCAGCGGCUCUUGUUGCUCCGCACAAAAACGUAGUCCCUGCUGAAAUAAAUCGCUGGUGCUCCAGCGGAGCUGGCGGCGCCUUGGUUCCCUGCAAAGUUCACCCAGAAGGACAUUUCCUGCAGACACAGAUCCAGCCAUGUCUAAGUCCAAGGACACCGGCUCUUCCAUCAUGCACACCCAGCAGCUGCAGGCUGCCGUGGCUGACACUCUCAUUGAGCACAUGUGCCUGCUGGACAUCGACUCCGAACCGGCCAUGUCUCGCAACACCGGCAUCAUCUGCACAAUCGGACCUGCCUCCAGAUCUGUGGAGAUGGCCAAAGAAAUGAUCAAAACUGGGAUGAACAUUGCAAGAAUGAACUUCUCACAUGGCACGCAUGAAUAUCAUGCUGAGACCAUCAAGAAUAUCCGUGAGGCAACUGAGAGCUUUGGGCCGGGUUCUGUUGACUACAGGCCAGUAGCCAUUGCUCUGGAUACCAAGGGACCAGAAAUCAGGACCGGUCUUAUCAAGGGCAGCGGCACUGCUGAGGUGGAGCUCAAGAAGGGUGAAACCAUUAAGAUCACGCUUGAUGACCAGCACAAGGACAACUGUGAUGAGAAGACUCUCUGGCUGGACUACAAAAACAUCACCAAGGUGGUUCAGAUUGGAAGCCACAUCUACGUUGAUGAUGGUCUUAUUUCUCUCAAGGUUAAGGAAGUCGGCGGUGACUUCCUGGUGUGUGAGAUUGAGAAUGGUGGCGUCCUGGGCAGCAAGAAGGGUGUCAACUUGCCCGGCGCGGCUGUUGACCUUCCAGCUCUGUCUGAGAAGGACAUUCAGGACCUGCAGUUUGGUCUGGAGCAGGACAUUGACAUGGUUUUUGCCUCCUUCAUUCGUAAAGCUGCCGACGUUCACGCAGUCAGGAAAGUGCUGGGCGAGAAAGGAAAAGACAUCAAGAUCAUCAGCAAGCUGGAGAACCACGAGGGUGUCCGCAGAUUUGAUGAGAUCCUGGAGGCUAGUGAUGGCAUCAUGGUGGCCCGUGGAGACCUGGGCAUUGAGAUCCCAACAGAGAAGGUGUUUGUCGCUCAGAAGAUGAUGACAGGAAGGUGCAACAGGAUUGGCAAGCCCAUCAUCUGUGCCACACAGAUGCUGGAGAGCAUGACCAAGAAGCCUCGUCCUACUCGCGCUGAGGCCAACGACGUUGCCAACGCUGUGCUGGAUGGCAACGACUGCAUCAUGCUGAGUGGUGAGACCGCAAAGGGAGACUACCCUCUGGAGGCGGUGCGCACGCAGCACAUGAUCGCCCGUGAAGCCGAAGCCGCCAUGUUCCACAGGCAGAUGUUCGAGGAGCUGCGUCGCACCUCCCACCUGACCCGCGACCCCACAGAGACUGUCGCCAUCGGCACUGUCGAGGCUUCCUUCAAGUGCUGUGCCAGCGCCAUCAUUGUUCUCACCAAGACUGGCAGGUCUGCUCACCUGUUGUCCAGGUACAGACCCCGAGCCCCCAUCAUCGCCUUGACGCGCUGUGGGAUGGUCGCCCGCCAGGCUCACUUGUACCGCGGCGUCUAUCCCGUGCUCUAUACCAAGCCCGCCAACGACGUCUGGGCGGAGGACGUCGACCAGCGCGUGAACUUUGCCUUGGAAGUUGGAAAACAUCGUAAAUUCUUCAAGUCCGGUGAUGUUGCCCUUGUCGUGACCGGCUGGCGCCCAGGCUCUGGUUACACCAACACCAUGAGGGUUGUUCUAGUGCCUUGAACUUCAGCAAAGAACAUCAACUAACUCUCUCCCCCUCCCUUUAGUAACACCCUCGAUUGCCCUCUGCUUUGGACUGAUUUUAUUUUCAUCGGGAAAGUCUCAACCAGACAGACAAACACAUCCGGCGUUGGUAAAACGACAUGAUUCCUUCCUCGAGUUUAUUGUCCAAGUCUUGCUGCUGUUCUUGUCUCCUGACACUUUUUGUGUGGAACGUUUAAGAUUUAAGAUGAUCUGGCACAUUUUAUUAAAAUAUAUGUUGGAUCA